UCGUUCGCUCGGAGCUCAGACACAAUGAACCGUCAGACGGAGCGGGGCACGCGCGCUGGGCCUGUGGCAUUAGCACGCUUUUAGCUUCUUAUUGUUCGCAGAACUUGUUUUUAACCCACCGCUUUAUGUUUAUGGCGGCGCCGCCACGCAUCUGGAAGCGGGCUGUUCUCGGAGUUUGACGAGAACGAGGUCGGGACAGACCAACGUCACCGCCAGACCCUCCUUGCGAUAUUUUAGUGACUUUUGUUUUAACUGAAGACAAAACCGAGCAGAUAAUGUCGCUUCCGUCUGACUAUUUUGCUGCUGAGUGUCUGGUGUCCAUAUCCAGCGGUCCCGUCCUGCACAGACCCACCCCUGUGGCACCCAACAGUGAGCCGGCCGCGGUGGGCCCUCUUCCCGGGGACCCCGACGCCUCGAGCGAGGACAGGGAAGUGCAGGAGACACUGAGGCUGGAAGGGACGAACAUGACGACGGUGGCCGGUAUCCUCACUGACCUGCACAGCAAGUUCCGCCCCAUGUCGGCCUACUCUGAGAGCAGCAACUCCUCGUGUGGAGGGGAGAGCGGGUACACCACGUUGUCCGACCCCACCACCCCGACCAUGACCCCCUCCGCCACUCCCGUCCCCGGGCAGCAGCAGCAACACCAGCUCAGGGGGGCAUGGGGGGUCGGGUCGCCGAUGAAGCGACAUCAGUGCACUUUUGACGGAUGCGACAGAGUUUACGGGAAGUCAUCGCACCUGAAGGCGCACAUCCGGACCCACACAGGUGAGCGGCCCUUCCCGUGCACCUGGCCCAACUGUGAGAAGAAGUUUGCCCGCUCCGACGAGCUGGCUCGUCACACCCGCACCCACACAGGGGAGAAGCGCUUCCAGUGCCCGCUGUGCGACAAGCGCUUUAUGCGCAGCGACCACCUGAUCAAACACGCUCGGCGUCACCCGGACUUCCUGUCCUCCAUGUUGGUUCGCAACAGGGGCGUGUCUUCGGCCGCUAACCAAGCCAUGAGCAAGUAGUACCAAUGCUGAUGUCCGUCUGAAGACGACCGGUGACAGUCUGACCCAUCAUGUUGAUCUCAAACGCACCGGUAGUACCGCCUCUCACAGAUGAGUCAUGUGACCCCUGACCACCAGGGUUGUCUCCAACACAUUCCCUACCUACACAGCCUGGCUUAUAGAAAUGUUUCCUAGUCACAGCUAGGGUUGCAGGGAUGAACCGGUUUGACCGUUAGCCCCCCGUAAAGACGCCUCCAACACCUCCUCUAAAGUAUUCCCAAACAGGAGUCUCCAACCGCUUCCUAGGUGGAAGUGGAGCAGUCCCAGUGGUUGUUGCUGCUGCUCCUGCUGCGUGCGCGCGUUCAGUUUCACUUUUGCUUUUGUCCGUGCGGGUCGUGCUAUUGGCUCUUUGUUUUUUAUCGGCGGUGUUGGAGGCGUCUACGGGGGGUUAACCGGGUUAAUAGUCUAACCGGUUAUUCCCUGCAAUCCUAGUCCAAGCUCCCAGACCGGAACCUGCUCCGGAGCAUGGCCGCAGGCUGAUGUGGUGGAACUGGAUUCAUGAAAGGACAGAAAGUAAACGGAUGAUUGACAGAAUGGAUUCAAGAAGUCUGAGAGAAGCAUUUUCAAAGAUGUUUGUGGUGAAUUGUAGAAGUCCCUGCCAUGAGAUGGUUGUUAAACCAUUAAUGACCCGAACAAACACACAGGUCACACCUGUCGCUGAUUCCUGUUUAAACCAAACCUCCAGUCACUAAAUAACUCAGGUUAUCUCGGACCAGAACCCAAACGCUGGUCUGAGGUGGAAGCGCUUCUACACGUGUCAGGGAUUCGUCAUCAGCCAAAACUCCACAGGCUCCAUGUGGUUCAAGUCAAAUGUGAGUGAGCAAGAGCUCCACCUGCUGGUGUCGUUGCUGUUCUAGUCUACAGGAAACGCUCCUGCGUCGGUUCCUUCUGGACCAUUCCUGACCGGAUUCCUCUUCAGGUCCUGUACGCGUCGGGCCAGGAAGUGGGACAGAGUCGUAACCGUAGCAGAACAGUUUACACUACAUUCAUCCAUCAAACACACACACACACACACACACACACACACAUGCAGCAGCAUUAUGUUUAAUAUGGAUGCAUGUGUAAAUGAGCUUUAAGCUUGAGCAGCAGAAAUGAUCCAUGUGAUGAAGUAUGUUAGAGGGUGUGUGUGUGUGUGUGUGUGUGUGUGUGUGUGUGUGUGUGUGUGUGUGUGUGUGUGUGUGUGUGUGUGUGUGUGUGAUGUUUCUUAAAGGGGAUUUGAUGCCAGAUUUUGUUUUAUUUGUGACCUUCAAAGUAAAAGCCUCCUGGGACCAGAGCUUUGAAGGCCAGGUGUGUCCAUAACGACAGGUAAAUGAAUCCUCACAGUAGCACCGGAGCAAUCCCAACCAGACUUCCAACUGAAAUUCCUGCGGGAGUAUUUCUGUUACGUUUGAGGAAUUGUUCCAUGGCAACGAUCAGGAGUUUCAGACUCAAGCCGGAAAACCAGUGAGAAUUCCUUGGAAUGUGCUUGGCUCUGAUUUGUUUUUAGUGAUUCCCACAUUCGUUCCUUUAUCCCGGACAACUGAAAGCCUUAAACAUUGUGAGCGUGUUUACAGUCGGAUGGACCGCUGCGUCGGUAGAGCCUCCCUCGUGGAACCCCUGCAACAUGGCACUUUUAGUGUGAAAGGUGUUUCCUGUCACGAGGGGCUUGCACUGUCACUGUUUUUACAAGCAACACUGUGGAACUUUGUUCACGUCUAGAACUGAGAGUUUAAUAACAAACCAAGUCUUCUCCAUCGGCUUUAAAAAGCGUGAUAGAAACAUGGAGGAGUUGCUUUUAUUUGGUUAGUUUUGCGUGGAUCUCCAUCUUUAGUUGUGGAUUAUUAUUAUUAUUAUUAUUAUUAUUAUUAGAUGGGACGUUUUAUCGUCAGUUGCCUUUCUGAUACAAGUCGGCUGUUCUGUUCUUCACCUGCAACUGUUGUCUCCGCUCUGGCGUCGCGGUGCUUUGGUUGCUGCUGGCAGUAACCUCCAACACAGCGGCGGCCCACCUGAGGAACAAAUGCUGUUUGCCGCAGACUCCCCAGAACUUACCUCGCCACGUCCUGGUUUUCAGUCUGCUCAGAUUCCACCCGCCCUUCUUCACCCCCCCACACACUCCCUAUGCAAUACACGGGUCUGACCCGCCAGCUGGGCUCUGUGGUGUCCCAGCUUUCUGCCUAAAUGAUGGUUUCUGUUAACCACACUAGUUCAGAUCUAUGCCCGUUGAACAAGAGUGUGGAUUCUUUUGUAUAAUGUCAUUUUAGGAUCUAUUAUUAAAGCUUUAGUUGAUUUGAGGAACUAAAUAAUUGCUGUGUAACAUUUAUAUUCUCAGGUGCCAUUGGAGUUUGAGUCAGCAUCCAAACAUAAACAUGUUCUUAUUUCUUGUCUUUUUGCUGAUUCAGUUAUUACAUAUCAAUGACCAAUCAUUCCUGUGGCGUUCUUCUUCUCUUCAUAUGUGGAGCAGUACUGAUAUCCCAUGUUUUCAGGGUUUGCUUACACUGCUUUCUUCCUUUGUGAAAUAAAAGUAUUGUUUCUGUGCUUUUGUUAUUCUAUCAGUAGGAAUAAAACACGACCUUCCGUCACACAUUUUA